GUUGGCUUUUUAAAGUCUUGUCCAUGAUGAGUAAUGAAACCACAGCUGCUCAACUGCUAAAAAGACCAAAUGAUGGGGAUCAAAUCGAUUCUGUUGAGAAAGUCACCAAAAGAGUAAAAACGGAUGAAGAACACACUGAAGAUGCCAAGAAAAUCAAGAAAAGGAAAGUGGUUCUGCUGAUGGCCUACUCCGGGAAGGGAUAUUUUGGCAUGCAGAGGAAUCUGGGAAACGCCCAGUUUAAGACCAUCGAGGAUGAUCUGGUCUCAGCUCUUAUAAAAUCUGGCUGCAUCCCUGAAAGUCAUGGUGAUGAGAUGAAGAAGAUGUCUUUCCAAAGAUGUGCCAGGACAGAUAAA